UUAUUAUUUUUUUGAGCCACCGUUGGGCAGAGCAGGGCACCUGGCUCACGCCCAGGAGGCAGCCCCGUUCCAAAACAAAUGCAAUCGCUUUUCACCCGGUGCAAACACCUCCCACCAGGCCCUGAAACCCGUCACUGAAUCAAUCACCUGCUUGAGUUGCCUGGCAGGCUUUGCACUCUACCAAUCAGAGUUGACAGGGUGUAAAGAGGAGGAGGAGCAGCUGCAUGAUUGUGGGUCAAGCAUGGAUGUUGCUGUCGCAGAGGAACCCCCGAGGAAAAUUUUCAGAGCAAAAAAGACUAUGAAAGUCAGCGAUCGACAGCAACUGGAAUCCCUUCACACCACUCUCUCCUCUCCAUGUUCUUUCCCAUCCCCACCUCAGCCAUCAAUGGUAAAUGGGAAGCACUGUGAAGCUGUGUCUAUGGAAGUAGAUAAAGAAAUACAUGGAACUACACAUACCACCACUCAUGCCCCUUCCUCCCUGACGGCCACAUCCCUAACCACUGAGACCUCUGAGGAACCAACAGCCUCUGAAUUACUGGUUUCUUCGUCACAGAACAUACACUCUGAUGUAAAAAAAUUUCAGGAAGAAGGAGAGGGGGACAAGGAGUCUACAUUUCCCAGCCUUGAGGUAGAAGACAAAAUGAAUGGACUGGGAAAUGUGGAUAUAAAUUCCAAGGAGGAUGUUAUUGUUUCCUCUCCUGUGAGUUCAGAGAAAGCAGUAGCAGUAAGAGAGCGUGAGGUUGAUGGUAUGGAAGUAGACCUGGUACCAGGUACCACUCCGUACACAGUGCCCAUAUUGAACCCUGCCGCCUCCCUCCUCCUGUCCUCCGACACGGCUGUAGAGUCUGUCUCUUCCCCUUCGCUCUCCCCGUCAUACACGGCAGAGUCAGACCAGGAGGUCAGGCCAGGGUUCCUGGUGCUUAGUGAAGAUGAUGAUGUCCAGGAUGAGAGUGAUGAAGAGGAGAAAGAGGAGGAACAGAGGGAAAGUGAAGGAAAGGUAGAAAAAGUUGAGGUUAACCUGGAGAAGCCAGAACAAUUUGAAAGUGGUGCUCCAGUUGACUGUCCGUCCCCUUCAUCACCAACGCCCCUUCAGAUUGAUGAAGAAGAGGAGGGUGCUGCUCUACAGAAGAAACGAUCCUUGUCUGGAGACUCGGAGGAUGGAGGUCAAAAGCAGGGAGAAAGAGACUUGGAAGUGGUGGAGAGGCAUAACAAGAGGCCCAGAGUAGACUGUGAAGAGCUGGAGGCUCAUGUGGAGCUGAAGAUCAGUGGGAGCGCAGAAAGGCAACACAAGCUAAAGAAGGUGGUGCAGCAGCUUGUUGAGGAGCAGUUGUGUUUUCUGCAGCUCACACUAUUUGACAAGAGUCUUCAGGGGCUCAGAGACAGACUGGACAAAAUAGAAAAACACCCGAGUGCACUCAAGAGCCUGCAGGCAAAGAUUGGCCGACUUUCUAAGAAAGUUGGAACUGCCAUCCAAGCCAGGGAGAAUGCCAAGACACCUCCAGAGGUACCAUUGCCACCUACCUCUACUUCUGCCACAGCAACCACCCAAGCAGGAUCAGGAAUUCUCGGCCUGAGAACAAUGGGGAACAACAUACCGGAUCCAAAGCGUAAUGAUCAGAGCAGUCAAACCCCUACUCCUGUACGUACUGAUCAGGGCUGUCAAACCCCUACUCCUGUACGUACUGAUCAGGGCUGUCAAACCCCUAGUCCUGUACCCACCGCCCCCUUGCUACCUUCCCCCUCUUCCACAGCCUCAGCCGGAUCUCAACCCACAUCCCAAACCUUGAUGCUGAGCACCUGUGUUACCCCAGCACCCGGCCCGUCCGCCUUCCCUCUCCAGUCAUUCCUCAUACAGCUGCCUGGUGGAGGGACAGCCAUCCUUACCAACCCAACCAACUCUCAGCUAAUCCCAGUGUGCGCACUUCCCGCCAUGACGAGUUCCACCGUGACACCGACCACUGCCUUCCUCCUACAGAGGACUACUCCCUACACUCCUGCUGCUCCCAAGCCGCCCUCUGCUUCUGCCCUCUUAUCUCAUUUCGCUGCCACACCCACAACCACGACUACACCCACUGACUCACCAGCUGCCACAACGUCCCACAUAACCACACCCAUAACCAUGCCCAGGGCCACAACCAUAACCACAACAACACCCUGGGCCAUACCUAUGGCCACACAUGCAACCACACCCAGGGCCACAACCAUAACCACACCCAGGGCCACAACCAUAACCACACCCAGGGCCACAACCAUAACCACACCCAGGGCCACAACCAUAACCACACUCUGUGCCACACCCAAUAUCUCCCACCCUGGAGCCACUGGGACAGUCGGCAGGCCCAGCUCCAGUGUGUCUGUCUCCGUCUGUGAGUCCAUUCGGCUUGUGUCUGUGGCGAACUCCACUUCAUCCUUACCAAGAUUCUCAAUGCCAGCCACCACAGGCACUCAACCCUCUGUGCGACCAGCUGCCUCUGUGCAUCCAGAUGCCCCAGCACAACUAGCUGCCCCUGUACCACAGGUGCCUGCGAAAACAGGUAGUGAAUCUACAAAUACUCCUUCAGACUCCACACAGGCAUCUCACCCUGCCAAAUCAGAAACAUUCAUAGACCUGACAGAGGAGGAGGAGGAGGAGGAUGAUGAUGAUGUUCUAGUUACUGGAGUACUGAAGGCUCCGAUGGCUUUGAAGGCCUCACCCUCGCCUUCAACAGCGGGUCAGCGAACAACAGCCACACAGCAAACCUCCACUUCAGUCGGCACACAGGCCGUGAGGUCAUCUCUUGGUCAGAUGUCAGGUGUUGGGUCUCCGCAUGCUGUUUAUCAUCGCCCCCUGCAGGGCUCCCCAUCUGAAAGUGUUGCCUCCGCAACAACCACUUCUUCAUCUUCCAUACCAUGCCCCCAGCCCUCUCCCCUUCCCCCCUUGCCUGUCCCACCUCAAACUAUCAGCCUGCCCCUCGAAGCGGCCAGCACCAGCCCUCCACAGCAGCCUCUGCUCAAAAUAACCCGCGUUCCGAGCCAGAAUGACGGCAUCGUGCUCUCCUGGUCUGUGACUGAGGUAGACAGGAGCUGUGCUGCCGUGGACAGCUACCACCUAUACGCCUACCACCAGGACCACUCUGGCCCCAGCACACACCCCCUACUCUGGAAGAAGAUCGGGGAGGUGAAGGCCUUGGCUUUGCCCAUGGCCUGUACACUCACACAGUUUGUCUCUGGUUCCAAGUACUACUUUGCAGUCCGUGCCAGGGACGUGUUUGGCCGCUUUGGACCUUUCUGUGAGCCUCAGUGCACUGACGUCUUAACGUCCCCGAAAACUCCAAUUUAACCAAAUGUUAAGAUUUAAGUUAAUUUGUUGUGUCAAGUCAAAACGAGGAGGAAUAUUGAUUCUGUAGAUUUUUUCUUUUUUUCUUCUGGUAACCAAGGUAGCCAAAGUGAAAAGUUCAGUAAAGCUUCUGGCAAAUCUAAUUGCUCUAUUUUCAAAUGAAUGUGUGUUGGUAUUUUUUUAUCAGAAUUUUGCACUCAAAUCAUAUUUGAGCCCAGGUGUUUACAAGAGUGACUUAUCAUUGGAAUGUUACUGGAAAAUGUUGUUGCCCAUCCUGGUGAAAUGGGUUGGCCCCAUGUGAUCACUGUCUGCCUGCCGUGUGUUUGACCACAUGGGUGCAGCAUUGUACCAAAAUGGUGUCUUUGACACAGGACGAGAGGAUUUGAAAAUCAAACCUGAAAUGAGACAUGAACCUGCCAAAGCCUAUGUGACCUCUCUUUUCCUCCUGCUCAGUUCCUGCCACUGGGGGACAUGUUCUACAGUUAAAUGAUACAUGAUCUAGGGCCUCCUGUGUAUGUGUGCACAUCCUGUGCCAUUUUUUUUCUAUGGAUGGAAUUUAAUGUUUUUUUGAACCUUUUUGUAAUUUGGCUUGAACAGAACUAGUCAUGUUUUCAUAUUGCAAACAAAUAACUUCAAAAAGUAGGCUACCUGCGUGUGUUCGUCUAGUCCAAAAUUAUUCCAGCAUCCUAACAUUUGAUGAGUAGAUGAAUGGGAAGAGACAUCCGUUACGAAACACCAAAAAUUGUAAUGACAUUCUGUGAUUUUCAUUAGGUCUACACUCUUGUAGCCUGAAUUAAUUGAUGCGUCUUUGACAAAAGGACCUGUUUUGUAGAACGAAAAGUUGGGACGCCUGAAAAGGGGCUGAGAGAUGGGACUGUCCCGGGAUGACAAGUGCAACCACGUGGAUAUAUAUAUAUAUAUUAAACCAUGACCGGCGGGGGUGUUCGUUUUAUUUUAAUAUUUACCUCUGUCGUACUACAAAUAGCAUUUUAAAGAAAUAUUAUAAUUGUUCAAUUAGUAUUAUUUAGAGACCCCGCAUUUAGGGGGACUCCUGUCUCAAUUCAGGGGUCCCCCUGGACCCAAUGUAAUUCACACACUGUCUGCUGAUCGCCUUAAUGGCUGGUUACAAACAUGUAAAUAAAUGCAUUGGACUUGACAACAGAUUGACCGAAAGGUUAAGUACCAAGAAAUAUUCAGACUUGUAAUUGUUCAUUAAAAUGUUUAGAAACUA